AUGUGGUCAAGAGAACCUUCUAUCCACGAUGCAGAUGUGUCAGAUGUGAACGGGAAGAAGAAAGGAGAAUUGGGUAGUGCAGUAAAUGAUGAGGUUUACUACAAUGUCCUUGUGUUCAGGGUCAAAAUAGCCACUAAGUUGUGGCAGAAGUGGCCCGCUGACUUGGCUACGUGCCUUGCAAUUCCUAAGCCACUGAAGCUGAUCUAUCAGUGGACGAGCCAGGUCAGCCAGAAGUAUGCGGAAGUGGCGACGCAGCGUUUCCUGGGAAUGACCUCUGAGACCUGGCCCACGUCCUAACUGAAGAUCAGCAAACCAUCCAACAGUCCCAAGGAGAUCGUUUGGAUGGACUGUGGAAUUCAUGCCAGAGAAUGGAUUGCCCUUUGCUUUUGCCAGUGGUUUGUGAAAGAGAUUCUACAGAAUGAUAAAGACAACACAAGGAUCAGGCUCCUUGAGGAGUUGGACCUCUAUGUGCCUCCACUCCUCAGCAUUGGCAGUUAAAUCUACACUUGGACAACAGGCCAUGAAGUGUUUUCUAUGUUCGAGGGCCACCUGUCCUCACUGACACUGAUUUAUGAAGCCUCUGCAUGUCAACAUCUCUCAGUGCCUCUGUUUCAGGAUCCUCUCCGUAAUAAUGGCGCAUGCUUUGGAACAAAUCUCAAUUGAAAUCUCAGUGUCUCCUGGUGUGGGAUGGACACAAUCACAAACUGCCAAGAUUUAACGUUCUGUGGGAUAGAACCGGUGUCAGAACUAGAGACUAAAACAGUCUCAAGCCAUAGAGAAAGCAAGAAAAAAAAGAGACAUCCCGUGCACUCUUAUGGGCAGCUCAUCUUCACACCAUAUGGCUACACCAAAAAUAAACCAAGUAACGACGAAGAACUAAUUCAAGUUGGACAGAAGGCGGCAGAUGUAUUGAAAGCAAAGCAUGGAACCAAUUAUAGAGCUGGAUCGAGUGCAGAUAGUUUAUAUGCUACGUCAGGAUCCUCAGAAGACUGGGCUCGAGACAUUGGGAUCCCCUUCGCACACACAUUUGAGCUGAGGGACAAUGGGACCCAGGGGUUCUUCCUGCCUGAAGCUCUGAUCCAGCCCACACGUGAGGAGACCAUGGAAGCUAUGCUCACACUUCGUGAUGGUGUGUGUGAGAGUUACUGACUCACCCACAGUGCCAGGGAGGCGACAACCACAAUCUUGGCACUGACCACGGUGUACUUCUUCACAGCUCUCCCCUAAGUGCCGCCUGCCUUGGCCUGCUUAGUCUCAGUGAUGGGAAUAUGGUUGAGGUGAAGGUGUACGUUGUUGUACAGAAACCAAACCAUGAAAUUAAAAAUACACUCUAUUCUAAUAA